AGACGAAAGACCAAUGUCUGCUCAUCUUUAAUAUCAGGUAUCGCGAACAUCAUCGUCUUCGGAGCGUCGUUGGGUGACUUCACUCAGGCGCACUUUGAUCCGCUGGCCGAAGUCGUGCUGACAAGAGCCUUGCCGCCGCUCUUUGGCCGGCCCGCAACAGCCUCUGCCUUACAGGAUGUUUGCCCCUCGCAGCUCUUUCUCGUACCUCGCUCUCUCCCCCCUGCUGCCCACACACGUACCCUUCUUGCUGCGCAAUUUCGCUGCCCUCAGAUUUGCCCUACUCUCUUCUCUUGCAUGGACAAUCGUGGUCGUCUACGUACACUGGGGUGCAGGCAUAGCCCCGGCGCUUUCGUGCAGAGAUGUAACAGGAAAAGAGACAGGCUCAGCAGCGGCAGCGUCAAUUUGGCCGACCCGGCAGUCCUCUGGGCUUGCUGCUUCGAGAGGACUUGCUGCUUCGUGGCUGGGGCUCCUGGAAGGCAAAGGUGCCGAAAGAGUCAUGGCGAGUCUUGCUGGAGUGUCCUCACUUCUCCUCGCAUUCCGCUCCAACUCGGCUCUGGCCCGCUGGGAUGCAGCGGCCAAACAUUGGACCGGCGUCAAGAGUGCGAGUAGCAGCUUGCUCCGGAUCCUUGCUGGAGGCUUACCAGAGCUAGAUAUGGAGGAGCUGAGCGAAAACGACGAGCCGGAUGCAGACUACAAGCAGCUGGGGGAGUUGCGAGAAGAAACGGAUCUACAGUCUCUGCUCCGUCUAGUGCCCUGCUUCUGCCUUGCUCUCUUUCAUCAGCUAGAAGGAGCACGCUUAGAGCUCGAAGGCGAGGAGAGGGGUUAUGGUGGGCAGGGCCGCCGAUCUCAUCAAGCAGCGGACGCGAAGCAUGUUGGGCGAGUGGACUACGGAUCGCCUCAAGAAUUGUAUGCACUCUUGCCCGAGGGCUUCGUUCAUAGAAUGUGGCAGCGUCAACGACGUAGGAACCGCAGACGGACAUGUUCUCCUGCUGACACGGAAAUUGGGAAUGGGGGAGCCGAUGAGGAGCACGAUGCAGUCUCCUUGUCACAGUCGACGGAAGCUAGGCGUGAAGCUCUUCUGAGCCAGAACGUCGACGAAGCACAAGAGCUAGCAGAGAAGGCGCUCCACAAGUCUCGACACAGCCCUGCAGCCCUGACUGCCAGUGGUCAAGGCGAGACGGAUGUGCUCAGGCCGGAUGACCUCGCUGGGGACAUGAUGCGGGAAAUGCAAUGGCUUUUAGGGAGGCUCAAUGGGGGACUUCCGGACCUGAAGGAUGUCAUUGAUACACCUAGAGAGCGCACAAGAGGCGACUUGACGCAUAGCUCCAGCGCUGGUAGCAUUCGGGGCGAGAAAAGAAAGAGGGACCGCGAUCGUGUUGUCGGCAACAGUGGCAAAGGUGAUUCUGGUAAUGCUGCAGAAGAGGAGCAAGAUGGUUCGCAGCAGCGCACGUCACUCGACACUGAGCAACAAGGGCUCGAGGGUACUGCUGCUGAAGAGGUCACAGCCAUGCACACUGCUGCUGUGUCCGUCAGGAGCUUCGCAGACAGCGGCAAGCCUAAGCUCGCUACGCCGUUGUUUGCGCACUGCGUGGGCCUGCUCAAUUCGUUGAGCAGCCAUAAGACUGAAUUGGAGCAGCUCAGAGAUUUACCCAUGCCGUAAGUCCGCUAGCAGACAGAACAAAGAUGUGAAAGGCGAGAAGCAUCAACUCACUGCUGUGCCUUUUUGCACACAAACAGGGCAAUCCUUUCCUCACACCUUCACUUGCUCCUCAAUCUUCAUGUCAUCUUCCAUCCGCUCCUCAUUGUGCCCCUGUUCCUGCCUCUUCCGACCUGCUGCUCUGCAGGAGCUACGCCUGUGGCAUCGGGAAGUACUGCAGUGACACUGGCGCUGCUGCUGUCUGUACUGUGCAGCGCGGUGUUGCUGAUACUGCAUGCCAUUGCAGAGGCUCUAGCGCAACCAUUUGGAAAAGGCAGAGAGAAAUUGCCCAUGGUGAGAUGGGUGGUCGGGGUGGUACAGGAAUGGAGGGAGCUAGGAGAGUGAGCAUGGGUCAAGAGAAGUACUCUCUUCACACCAGUGCAACGACAUUGCAGUUUCUAACGCGCCAUAGCGCCCGGAAUUAUGUGCUUGCCAGGCGCUGGU